AUGGGACGAGGACAGGGUCCCCACCUGCACGAGCAGGAUUUUGGAAGAACGAUCAGGGGGACAGGUGGGGCUCUCCUGCUCCUGACAAGGGACACGACAGACUCGCAGCGCGGUGCGCGGAAGCGUGGGCAGCAGCAGCGCGGCAAGGGCCGCGGUGCCAGGGGCCGUGCCGAUGCUGGACCCCGUCUCGUUGACAAGAACGCGCUGUCCGCGCGCGGCAGCGGGCCCUCGCGCCAGUCGCGCUCGCCGUCGCCCGACUCUCCGCCCGCCAAGCGGGCCGCCUCCGCUGACUCGUCCGGCUAUGAAACCGAUACGCCGGACGAGGUGCAGCAGGAGGCGGUCCGCAGGGUAUGCGGCGCGCUCGGCAUGAGGGAGCAGUUCGAGGCGGCGAUGGCGGCGGGCGAGCUGCUCGAGAUGCUCGAGAGCUUGCCGCGAGGGGCGGUCGAGGCCUCUGUCCGACAGAUGCGGGGUUACAACCGCACGGGCGAGUGGCCAGAGCCCAUUCUCACCAGCCCUGCCCCGCAGCGCGGCCGCUCGCCAAGCCCCGUCGAUGAGUGGUCAGAUGGUUAG